CACGUCAAGAGACCGAUGAACGCCUUCAUGGUUUGGGCUCAGGCAGCGAGACGGAAACUCGCGGACCAAUACCCACAGUUGCACAACGCGGAGCUCAGCAAGACCCUUGGUAAACUGUGGCGGCUCCUCAGCGACACAGACAAGAGGCCUUUCGUCGAGGAAGCCGAUCGUCUACGCAUGAUCCACAAGCGAGAGCACCCUGAUUACAAGUACCAGCCCAGACGCCGAAAAGGUUUGAAAGGGGGUAAUGGUGGUUCAGCGGGGGGCUCGUCCCCUCAAAGUCAACAACAGGGCCAGCAGCAGACGCAAGGCGUCGUUUUCAGCAGGUGCAAGCAGGAGGACUGUAGUCUAAGUGGAGGCAAGCCGUCUCCACAGAGCCUCGCAUCAGGGUCCCCACACAGCGCACAAGGGCCCCCUACACCCCCAACAACCCCCAACGCCGGCGGCGACAAGAGGGCAGGAACAACCUCUUCUGUUGAGCAUCACACCAGCCCCUGCGGGUCAAAUGAACAUCGUCACCAACAUCAUUCCCAGCAAAGCAUUGACUUCAGCCGAAUCGACAUGGAUGAAUUAACAUGUGGUGGUGAUCCAAUGAUGAUACCAGAAGACGAAGCUCUUGUGGAUGGUUCUGAACUUGACCAAUACCUUCCACCAGGCGGACAGCAAUCACAUUACCUGUAUCACAACUCUGCACCUCCACCACACCAUCUGUGGUCCAUUCACAAGCCUCCAAGCGAAGAAAAUCCCAUUGAACCUCAAGAAUCAAACAACAGUCACACAAAACACACCAAACGAUGCAUUGAAACAUCUGCGACUCUGGAGUACCCCUAUAACAAUUCUGAUGACCCUCUUGCACUGCAACCGCCACCUUUAGUGAGAUACCACGAGCUACAACCUUCAUCAACCCUUAUCAAAACAGAGAGGGAGGUUUAUCAUCAAGGCGUGCCAAAUACUGUAUCGACUUCAUCCGCACCAACCAUGUCAUAUCAUCCAAGUUUGCCACUUGUUCCAACUCCAAAUUAUUACAAUUCAGGGACUGGUAACUCUACGAUGAGUGCUCCACAUGGUCAGUAUCUGCAGUCAUUGCCAAGUUACCACCAAUACUUUCAACAGAGAGGAUCAACAGUGUUCGGAAACUCGGCAGACACAGCUUGGUCAAAUUACUCAUAUGUGUGACACGAAUUUGUGACAUGUUUUAAACCAAAAUGCAAACUCUUAUGAUCUUUAUUUUGGGUAUUUUUAUGUCUCUUAAGAAAAUCUUAGAAGUAAACAAAGUUUACUCAGUGUUGAAUCCACAUACCAUUCAAGGGCCUCGAAAAUAUCAGAACUGAGAAGCUAAAAUUGAUAGCAUUCCUGAUCUUAGUGUUAAAAACAUGGAAGUCCUAUCGAGUUCAAGUUUAAGUGAAAUCUAUAACAAUACCUGAAUAACUGAAAAUAUUUCUAUUGUGCUUAACAGUGUCACGACCGACCUGUCGGUCUUCAGGAGAAGCAGCCAAGUGAAAUCUGAACGUUUUGGCCAAAUUUGUCCCAAAACCUGCUGCAGAAACAUCGCAUCGACUCCCAUAAAGGUUUGGUGAAUUCAUCUUAAUGUAUAAUGUUUGUAAUAUUGUGGUAGUCAUUACCAAAUUGCAUUCUUCAAGGCCACGGAAGAACCUCCCCCCCCCCCACACACACACACACACACACACGAGCGGAUGAAAGUCACCAGUAUAGAGUUGGUAGCUUUGAUACGCUGCGAUUUCAGCUGUCUUCACUCGCCUGUGCUCCGAUAUUUGUGUACGAUUUCGCUGCGACCUUGAAGCUUACAACUUGGUGUCGGCUACUAUUAGAGUAGGUAAGUAAAUAUAAUUGUAGCAGACUGUACAUGUCGCCACAACGCUGGUAGCAGGAACUUCUAUUAUAUUUCAGAUUCAUCAUACUUCAGUGAAUAUUCAAAUUAAAAUACACUGCAGCGCUAUAAUGUUGAAGAUGUCCCUUGUUUCAGGUAUCCAUAUUAUAUUAAACAAUUUCGAGGUUUCGUGUUUGAGUAACCUUCAUUUAUAUUAAUAUUUAUAUUCAUUUAUUCAAAUUUCAUAACACGUAGCACGACUCAUUUUAUGGUUAUUUUA